CGCCGCCAUUCUUGGCGCCCUGAUCGCGGCGCGGGGCAGGGCGCGCUCCAGGAGGAGCCAGUUGAGCUCUUGUUCUCUCCACAUUGGAAGCAAAGCUAUGGUUCACUGUGCUGUGCCCCUGCUGUGACUACAGGAAUGAGACAACACAAAUCACUUUCAUUAAUUAGUCAGACAUAAUCAAGCUAAGUGAAAGGCCUUUUGAAAGGCCACCUUGCUGCCCUGGAACAGUCACACAUGGAGAAUCUGGCUGGCUUUCUACCAUUGUGAGGAAACCUGAGAGCUGGAGAGGGGACAAGACUUUCCCCUGUGGCAUGGCCCUCCAGACCACUGUUCCAAGUGAUGUGUUAACAGACUCUGCUAACACCAGCAUGACACAGCUGAGCCCUGAGUGCUAGAAUCUGUGACGACACUGAUCCCUAGAGUGAAGAUUCCUGAGGAUUCCUUUCUAGAAGUAUCUGGACUGUCCCAGAGGCCUACCAUACAGGGUUUCUUCUGCAGACUGGGAGGAAGCCUCCAUGGCCUUUGGUGCAAGGAAGUAAGAACAGCUGCUGCUUACCCGGCCAGCCGGGAUAUGCAGGGACUCGGGGACCCCAGCACUCACAGGUUCCGGGCUGUGCCGCUGGCCCUGGCUCUGGGACUCUGAGCAAGGCCCCUGUGACGCAUCCACCGCAGCCUGCUGUCGCCCAUGCGUGAAGGCUGCUGAAGGCCCUCCGCGGCCCCCGCCCAUUAGGAUGCACAGCCCCGUCAGGGGGCUGCUUGCAGCCCUGGCUGUGGUGUUGGGGACAGCAGUUGCUUUUGCACCCAUACCUCGAAUCACCUGGGAGCACAGAGAGGUAGGUCUGAUGAAGUUUCAGGAGCCAGGCAUCUUCAACUACUCGGCCUUGCUGAUGAGUGAAGAGGAGGACACCCUGUACGUGGGUGCCCGCGAAGCCAUCUUCGCUUUGAAUGCACUCAAUGUCUCUGAGAAGCGGCAUGAGGUGUACUGGAAGGUCUCAGAAGACAAGAAAGCAAAAUGUGCGGAAAAGGGAAAAUCAAAGCAGACGGAGUGCCUCAACUACAUCCGAGUCUUGCAGCCGCUCAGUACCACCUCCCUUUAUGUGUGUGGGACCAACGCAUUCCAACCUACCUGUGACCACCUGAACUUGACGUCCUUUAAGUUUCUGGGGAGGAAUGAAGACGGCAAAGGAAGGUGUCCUUUUGACCCUGCCCACAGCUACACAUCAGCCAUGGUUGGUGGAGAGCUCUAUGCUGGAACGUCAUACAAUUUCUUGGGCAGUGAGCCCAUCAUCUCCCGAAACUCUUCCCACAGUCCCCUGAGGACCGAGUACGCCAUCCCAUGGCUGAAUGAGCCUAGCUUCGUCUUUGCCGAUGUGAUCCAGAAAAGCCCCGACGGCAUGGCGGGCGAAGACGACAGGGUCUACUUCUUCUUCACGGAGGUGUCUGUGGAGUACGAGUUUGUUUUCAAGCUGAUGAUCCCCCGGGUCGCCAGGGUGUGCAAGGGGGACCAAGGAGGCCUGAGGACCUUGCAGAAGAAGUGGACCUCCUUCCUGAAGGCUAGGCUGAUCUGCUCCCAGCCAGACAGCGGCCUAGUCUUCAAUAUACUGCAGGAUGUAUUUGUGCUGCGGGCCCCUGGCUCCAAGGAGCCCAUCUUCUAUGCGCUCUUCACCCCGCAGCUAAACAACGUGGGGCUGUCAGCAGUGUGCGCCUAUGCCGUAGCCGCGGUGGAAGCGGUGUUCUCCCGCGGGAAGUACAUGCAGAGCGCCACGGUGGAGCAGUCCCACACCAAGUGGGUGCGCUACAAUGGCCCGGUGCCCACGCCACGACCUGGAGCGUGCAUCGACAGUGAGGCACGGGCAGCCAACUAUUCCAGCUCCCUGAAUUUACCAGACAAGACACUGCAGUUCGUCAAAGACCACCCAUUGAUGGAUGACUCAGUCACUCCAGUAGACAACAGGCCCAGGUUAAUCAAAAAAGACGUGAACUACACCCAGAUUGUGGUGGACCGGACCCAGGCCCUGGACGGGACCAGCUAUGAUGUCAUGUUUAUUGGCACAGACCGGGGGGCUCUACACAAAGCUGUCAUCCUCGAGAAUGAGGUACACAUCGUUGAGGAAACCCAGCUCUUUCCAGACUCCCAGCCAGUCCAGACUCUGCUGCUGUCUUCAAAGAUGGGCAGGAGGUUUGUGUAUGCUGGUUCCAACUCAGGGGUGGUCCAGGCCCCCCUGGCCUACUGUGGCAAGCAUAGUAGCUGUGAAGACUGCGUGCUGGCAAGAGACCCUUAUUGCGCUUGGAGCCCACCCACAGCUACUUGCAUCACCUUGCACCAGUCUGAGAGCCCCAACAGGGGGUGGAUUCAGGAGAUGAGUGGCGAUGCAUCCUUAUGUCCGGAUAAAAGUAAAGAAAGUUUCCGGCAGCAUUUUUUCAAGCACGGAGGCACAGCGGAACUCAAAUGCUCCCAGAAGUCCAACCUAGCUCAGGUGGUGUGGAAAUUCCAGAAUGGCGUUCUGAAGGCUGAGAGCCCCAAGUACAGCCUGGUGGGCAGGCGGAACCUGCUCAUCUUCAACCUGUCAGAGGGGGACAGUGGGGUGUACCAGUGUCUGUCAGAGGAAAGGGUCAGGAACAAGAUAGUCUCUCAGCUGCUCACCAAACAUGUCCUGGAGGUGAAGGUGGUUCCACGGAUGCCCGUGGUUCCGUGGACGCCCACGGCUCCCGCCUUGCCACCGGCUCGGACAGAAGUAGGCAAGAUCACCUCUAAAGCAUCAGUGGCAUCCACCCCGGGGUCUUCUCCCCCAACCCCACCGCUGCGAGCCACCUCCUUCAGGGCCACCACCCCACCUCCUAAGCUCGCCCCCACCAGCACGUCCUGCGAACCAAAGAUCGUCAUCAACACGGUCCCCCAGCUCCACUCCGAGAAGACUGUGUAUCUCAAGUCCAGUGACAACCGCCUCCUCAUGUCCCUCUUCCUUGUUGUCUUCGUCCUCUUCCUCUGCCUCUUCUCUUACAACUGCUUCAAGGGCUACCUGCCAGGUCAGUGUUUGAAGUUCCGCUCGGCUCUGCUGCUGGGGAAGAAAAAACCCAAGUCGGAUUUCUCUGAUCUGGAGCAGAGUGUGAAGGAGACCUUGGUGGAGCCCGGGAGCUUCUCCCAGCAGAACGGACAGCAGCCCAAGGCAGCCCUGGACACUGGCUACGAGACCGAGCAGGACACCAUCACCAGCAAAGUCCCCACGGACCGCGAGGACUCCCAGCGGAUCGACGAGCUGUCUGCCAGGGACAAGCCAUUUGAUGUCAAGUGUGAACUGAAGUUUGCUGACUCUGAUGCAGAUGGGGACUGAGCCGCAUGUCCCCACCGUGUUGCUGUCCCUGUGUGGUGUCGUGUUGAGCCAUUCAGUAGCCGAGUGUCGUCAUCGUGCCACGAACUUCAGUGCUUUGUCUGUGUUCUCUCGGGCUGAGCCUGUCCCUUGGCCCUCUUUGUCCUUUGGAAAACAAGUAUCGCCUCCCCAUCUGGCCUCACAGUCAUUGGAGUGCUUUAAGAUGUCCUGCGGGCAGUAUACCUGAGCCCUUUGUGUCCUGAGGGAGAGAUGACCACCUCCAUUGGCUGAGAAGAGCAACCCUUUCUCUUCCCCUCCUCAUAGCAGCCACUAAAGAUAAUUUAAUUCCAGAUUGGAAAAGCCAGUUUUAGUUUAUCAGAUUGGUAACUUAUUGUCUCUUGUCCAGAUUGACACGGACCUUUUCUUCCAUUAUGUUUUAGGAUUCUUACUUUGAUUAUGUUGAUGUCUUAGGUCAUUUUUUUUUAUUCCUAAAGCAGAUCCUUAAAUAUUUUAGCAGAUUUGUGUCUUCUAGAUUUUGUUACAUGUUGAGAUAAAAUUUGACUUAUGUUGCUUAAGAUUCUCAGGGAUAGACUCAUAAUAUAUUUUUUUUUGCAAAAUACAUUCUUUCUGCUUUUAGAAAUGUAGACCUAAAACCAUCUCUUCAACUAACUCAGCUUUUCCCCCUUAUUUCUUUGAAGGAAGCAUCACUUCCAGAUACUUUCCUUCUGUACUUUUUCUUUUCUCUUAAGAGAAGGACUGUCCCACAUCCACAAAGUGGGCUAUGAGUAAGGGAAUGUGGUCUAGUGGCUCUGGGUGGCCAUCAGGCUGGCCUGUGAGGGGAGGAGGGUUUACAGUCCCAUGGCCAUGGCCAUGGUCGGAACUAUUGUCCUGACAGCUGGAGCUUUCAUGAGGACGCCUCUGGUUCUUGAUCAUGUCUUAUCUCUUGCUUCCAUCUCGUACCACUGCCCGCUGGACUUCCACUUCAGCCUCACGGAGCUGUCCACCCUGAGAGAAGUGGGCCGGGUGGACAGGGCUACUGGCCAUAGGCAGUGAUUACAUCAUCCUGGUGCCCGCAGCUGCCGCUCCAGACUGACUUCUGCACUGUCUUUAAAGGUGUAAAUGGGCGGUACGAUUUUCACAUUCAUUUCUCACACUCCAUCUUCCUGCUUUUAAGUGCUCAUUGAAAGAGAGGAGCCUUAUUCCAUGGCACAGCAAGAAUUUCUGGAUUUUGUGUGCUAUGUGGACAUUCAUCUUCAGCAUGAUAUGAUUUGACCAUUCGGUGUAAACAUUUGUGUUUAUAAGAUUUGCUUUGUUUUUAUUUUUCUACGUUGAACUGUAUACAUGUGAAAAGUUCCCCAAUAAACAAGAAGCUUUAUCAUUAA